AUGGCCUUUCCAGUCAAUUUAAGAGCUGAGGAUGUUAAUGCUAUGGGGCAAAAACGUUUGGAGAGGAUAGAGGAUUUAGGUGCUUUGGGGAUUGAUAUGAUUGUGACCGACCUCCAACAGUCGGGUAUAGUAGAAGAAUUAAGAGAUUCACUGACAAUGAAGGUAAUUGCCCCAGCUAGGGAAGCAGCACAAAAAUUGAAGAGGGCCGAAUAAUUGUCCAUCAGCGUCAAUAUGGCUGUCAGUGUGGACAAUGUCGAAUUGAUCCGUUCACACAAUGGACCUGCUUGUCGCGCAAGUUUAACAGUGCUAGCCGAAUGGCCCGUGACUGACGCCCGUGUGGCGGACAGCCGACUGGUCGAUUUGAUGAAUGGCGCCGUUCGACUGGACGUGAAUCGAGUUUGGCAUCCGGAACUGGUCAUUCCGGGUAGUUAUCGAGUGCAAACGCUCGCGCAGCGUUUGGAAUUACGCGCGGACACUGGGACAGUAGAUGGGAGUACCACCAGUCCGAAAGCGUCUGGUACUUUGGCUCGAACAAAUUUGGUGAGCAAAGCGCAUUCACCCGGGCCGGGUCGAUUACAAUCGAACUUCUCACCUCGCGAAAAUGUGGAAGAGACACAAAAGGCGGGAAGUCGGAUUUCAACUCGAGUUGGUGUUCACAAACCGACCGGAAACUCCGAGGGUCCGAGAUACGUUUAUGUGGAAAGUAUGGCCGUGGAAGCCACAUGCAAUCAACCAAAGAAAUUGAGCCAAGUUGCAGCGAUUUUGUGCCCAAUCCUUAUACGACAGGGCGGACUGAUGCACGUUCAACCAAGCAUCAAAUGGACUGAAAGAAAAAGCUGUCUUAUCACAGAGAAUGUACAACGACGAAUUUCACAUAUCACAGUCACGAAGCUAUUUGGACAAUAUAUCGAUCGACAAGGAGCUGAUCAUAGUUUGGGGGUCAAUAUAUGUUUCCCACAAACAAGUCGAAUUGUUCAGUACAGCCUGGCUCCAGUCUUCAUCGUCCUUGCAUCGUUGCUAAUCUCGUGGAAUGGACCAAUUGGUACUCAUAUAAUCACUUGGUUGCAGUUAACUUUGUUGUUGACAAUCACCGGACUAUGGAUUUGGCUCAGUGGUCAAGAAAUCGGAGUGAACGGUCGACCGGGUCUUUUAGACAUCUGGCUACUGAUUUGUGUGAUCUCUAUUUGUCUGACGAGCUGUUUGGCCAUUCUCGAACAGCGCUGGUCUUCCCGAAUAAUCCGACAGCGUCAACGUCGGUGUUUGCGAACCCCGUCGCUGAGUUUGCUACAAAACAAAGCAGCUACCGUUCCCGGGACACCAGCGUUGAAUGUGAACUCAGCUCUGACCGCGGGUUGUUUUCAGGGCUGUGCGUGUGGUGGAAGCAGUUCCGGCACAUGUCCAGACAAUUGUAUCAGUUGUGCUGGAAUGCAGGGGCGUGCAAGCGGAGGAUUUGUAUCACCCAACGGAACCAGUGGUGUAUACUGCAGCAACAGCAGUUGUGGUGCAUCCGGUCACGUUUGUCCCGGUUUGGGAACGCACGGACAGGGCAACUCGUCAAGUAACAGCCCAGCUCCAAUGGGAUUCAGUCCACAACCCAUGGGACUCGGUGCGACCAAAUUGGACACUUAUAACGAUGGGUUCCUCUGUUCAAACUCCACCGAACCACGAAACGGUGGAACCGGGGGUGCAUUUCGUGGUCUCCGAUGGCGUACCAUGGGCAACUCACGCAGAAGCAACACGAAUGUUAAUCCAGCCCUAACGGGGAUGGACCUACCCGACUGUCAGAUCUGUUUGUGUCAUCCGGGCAGUCAGUCCGCGGCAAUUCAACCGGGCUCUCCAGCACCACCAUACACGUCUGUGUGCAGUUCAAUCUCAUCCCACGUUCCGACAAACUGUUGCCUGAAAAUUUUGAAAACCGCUUUGACUAUCAGUUACUUGCUUAUAGGCACCAUUUUCUGGAUAACUGUGUUGGCACUUGGCACAGUCCCCGAAGCGUGCCUGGGGGCAUCUGUUUGUCAACCAAUGAUUACCGACUAUUUAAAAUGA